AAACCUGAUUGCUAAAGAUUAUUCCAAUACCUAUUUUUCAUCACUUGCACAUGCAGUUAAUAUAAACAAGUCAAUUUAUGCCCUUCACAAGGACUUUUAUUCUGCUCGGUGCCACUAUUAACCAAACGUUGCAAGGGAGAUAUAGGAUAUAGAAUAUCUCUUUGUUUCUUGGAUUUUGUAUACCAGUGAUAUGUUCAGUAUAAGCGAACUUUGUUGCAUGUUUUGUUGUCCUCCCUGCCCUGGGCCUAUUGCAGCUAAAUUAGCUUUUCAACCUCCUGAUCCAACAUACAAAUUAACACCCGCAGAUGACAAUAAUGUGAAAUAUAACUUGCAUUUUUAUGAUAGAGCUGAAUGGCAAUAUUCUGAAAGAGAUAAAUCAAAAGUGGAAGCAUUUUUUACACGUACAUCGCGUGGCAAUAACAUUACAUGUAUAUAUGUUCGCUGUAGUAAAAAUGCGAAAUAUACCUUGCUCUUCUCCCAUGGUAAUGCUGUUGACUUGGGACAGAUGAGUAGUUUUUAUAUAUCAUUAGGAUCCCAACUUAAUUGUAACAUUUUUGGGUACGAUUAUUCUGGAUAUGGCAUGAGUGGUGGAAAACCAUCCGAAAAAAAUUUGUACGCCGACAUUGAAGCAGCCUGGCAAGCCUUGAGGUCAAGGUUCAACAUUAAUCCAGAAUCUAUUAUUCUUUAUGGCCAAAGCAUUGGUACCGUUCCUACUGUGGAUUUAGCCACAAAGCAUGAGGUGGGAGCUGUAAUACUUCAUUCUCCUUUAAUGUCUGGGCUAAGAGUUGUUUUCCGGAACACAAAAAGAACAUGGUUUUUCGACGCUUUUCCAAGUAUCGAUAAAGUGUCCAAAGUUAAAUCACCUGUUUUGGUGAUUCAUGGAACAGAAGAUGAAGUAAUUGACUUUUCCCACGGUAUCGGUAUUUAUGAGAGAUGCACGAAAGCUGUUGAACCGCUAUGGGUAGAGGGCGCUGGUCAUAAUGAUGUCGAACUUCACCCCCAAUACUUUGAAAGACUAAAAAAGUUCUUAUCCGUUGAAUUAGUAAAAUGACAAUUAAAUUAUUGUCCAGAUGAAGCGGGUAGAACAACGAUAACAUCAAAAAUGCCAAAUUGUGAAACAUUUACAUCUCCUGAAAAAUAUGUACAGCAUUUCUCCUCUACACCACAUUCGAAAAUGGAUGAAGGUAGUCCUAGCAAAGCAGUUAUGCAUCCGGAAACUAAUGUUGCUUCUUUCUCCAGUUCAGUUUCAACCAAAUUGACUACCGAAAAUCUUCUAUAGCGUAAAGUUACCGGCAAACUGGCCUCAUCACAUUCAAUUGAAGCAUCUGAUUACGCAAAGCCAAAGCAUAUAAUUAUUAAUAAGUAUUUGCUAUCAUAUAUAUCAGAAGCAUCUCCAUUGCCGAUGCUAACGAUUUCUCACCAUUAUUACCAGAUUUUGCUGUUUUCGUUUAAGCUCCAAAAAUAUGACGACUCGGUAAUGAUGUACAUUGGGUACAUUUACAAUCAUAUUAUACGACAUUCCAAGAAUCGACAUCAAAAUGUAAACCUACUUUUUCUUUUAUGCAUCUUCGAGGUAUCCGAUUUCACAACAAAGCUUAAACAAAUGGAUUCAUGGUCAUACGUGGAUAAAAACAGAAAACGCAAAUUUUCAGCAUUUACAAAAUAUUCAUUGGAGGUACAAAACUCUAACAACCAGCCAUAUUCACAAAACAUUAAAACUUCAAAAAUUUAUUUCGUUUUAUUGAAUGGUAGGACAAAGUUUCAUAAAUGUCUCACAUACUCAACAAUAUACAGUAAUAAACAGACCGUAAUUUAUAGUGAUAGUUUAUCGCAGAA